UCUCUCAUUAUGAUCUUUUACACAUAUAUAUACAUACAUUUAUGUGUGUGUGUGUGUGUAUAUAUAUAUAUAUAUAUAAUUUUUGUAUGAAACCGAAAUUUGGUGGGAUUUAAUUCUGCGAGUGUCCAGCUUGAAUCGGGUUGGAUUCAGCUCAACAUGUCUUUUUCUACAGCUUUGAUGGAUUGAUUUAGAAAGUAGAUUACUCUUUACGGGAUUAAUUAAUAUUUCGUGAGCUUGUCAUUGCUGCUGUAUCCAAAAUUGACGGUGGAGAGAUGCCUCCAUUCCCGUAAAUCAUAGUCAAGGAUUUUGAGUGAAGAGAAGAGUAUACCAUAUUUUGGUGCUUCGACGGAACUUGGAUCUUGGAUCAACCUGCGUGCAGAGCUGCUUGCUUGGUAGAGUGCUAUUGGUGUUGAAGGUCCAAAUUGUUUUUGACAUUAUCACUAAGGAGCUUUAAGGUAUAGUUGCUUUAUCAUGGAAAACAGCAAACAUCAGGGUUUGGCAGAGCAGAAUUCCCCUGAAGUGAUUCCAUCACUCAUCAAAUUUAUAACUGCAAAUGAAGGGGCCAAGUUUGAUGGUGUUAAAGGACAGAGUACUUUGAAUGAUCAGUUUCAACCAACCGGCUUCAAUUCUUUCAGCCCCUCAGCUGCCGGAACUGAAGCCGAAGUUUCUGAAAACCAGACUGAUCUUCCCCAGCACCAAAGAAUGCAUUCUGUUUGUAUCAGCAUGCCGUCCUCUCCUAUGGAUGUUCAUUUACAUAGCAGUAAAAGAGUUCCCUUCAAAGACGAGGAAACAAUUUUUGACAAUGAUAUUGCAAAUUCUUCCGCUACAUUGAAUACUGCUGGCUCCAAAGUGGCAAAUCAGGCAAAAUUUCACUCUCAGCCAAUACCUACAGGAUCUGCAUUUGAUGAGGCAGUUGCAAAUGGAAAAUUUCCCUACCGUCCAAAGCUUCCGCUUAGGAAUCCAAGGAUUGAGAGACUGAAGGAUAACAGAUUUGAUUCAUUCAAAACAUGGUCUGGGAAACUUGAGAGACAAUUAUCAAAUUUGCAUGGAAAGCAGAGGGAAAGUGGGCUAGAAGCAAACAUGUCUCAGAAUGUGGAGGUGGAGACUUUACCUGCGGCUCGAUACUUUGAUGCCUUGGAAGGGCCAGAGUUGGAUACCCUUCGGGCUUCAGAGGAAAUACUGCUUCCAGAAGACAAGCAAUGGCCAUUUCUUCUUCGCUAUCCCAUCUCUUCAUUUGGUAUCUGCCUUGGCAUAAGUAGCCAAGCCAUACUGUGGAAAAUGUUGGCCAUUUCUGCUUCCAUGAAAUUCCUCCAUGUAAGCCUGCAUGUAAACCUCAUACUGUGGUGCAUAUCUGUUGCUCUAGUAGCCAUUGUAGCUUUCAUUUACUCUCUGAAAGUGAUUUUCUACUUUGAAGCGGUCCGUCGUGAGUACUACCACCCAGUCCGUGUUAACUUCUUCUUUGCCCCAUGGAUAGCCUUUUUGUUCUUAGCUCUUGGAGUUCCACCUUCUGUUACUCAAAACCUGCAUGCAGCUCUCUGGUACAUUCUUAUGAUACCAAUCUUUUGUCUAGAGCUUAAGAUCUAUGGACAGUGGAUGUCGGGAGGACAGCGCAGGCUCUCAAAGGUGGCUAAUCCUUCAAACCAUCUUGCCAUUGUUGGAAAUUUUGUCGGAGCAUUACUUGGUGCAUCAAUGGGACUAAAAGAAGGACCUCUAUUCUUCUUUGCUGUUGGAUUGGCUCACUACACUGUCUUAUUUGUAACUCUCUACCAGAGACUUCCAACAAAUGAGACACUCCCUAAGGAGCUCCAUCCUGUGUUCUUUCUGUUUGUUGCAGCACCCAGCGUUGCGUCUAUGGCUUGGGCAAAUAUUCAAGGCUCCUUUGAUUAUGGUUCACGAAUUGCUUACUUCAUUGCCUUGUUCCUCUAUUUCUCUCUGGCUGUUCGGGUUAAUUUCUUUCGAGGGUUCAGGUUCUCAUUGGCUUGGUGGGCCUACACUUUUCCAAUGACGGGAGCUGCAAUUGCAACAAUCAAGUACUCAAACGAGGUCACAAACAUAGUAACUAAAUGCCUUUCUGUUGUGCUUUGUAUCGCUGCCACACUCACAGUAACAGCACUGCUUAUAACAACUAUCUCCCACGCCUUCGUGCUCCGAGAUCUCUUCCCAAAUGACAAUGCCAUUGCAAUUAGCGACAGAAAGCCAAAAACAUCCCGGAAAUGGUACCAUCGGAGAACUGGCAGCUCAGACACCAAAGACAUUGAAAAUUAUCUUAAAUUUGCAGACUCAGAUAGCAAAGAUAUUGAGGCUGCUUUGAAACCUCCAAGCUCCACUACUAAAGAGGUUUGCAUUUCUAGCCUGACCUGAAGUCAACAACAAUCACUCUCAUUGUGUUCCAACACAAUGAGAAAAUCCUUGUCGUGUGUGAAUUAUCACCGUUCAACAAGCGAGGGGCUAGGUUCAAAGUUUUGACAGUUCCGGUGAACUUGAUGUACAAAGGGAAAAAUGAGGGUUUACGUCGUAAAGGGGGAGAAUUAUGUAUGAACUAGUGGCAAGAUUGUAAGUUAUGAGUGUUCAUAUUUGACAUUUGUGUCUUUUUUUCUUAAUAAACUGCUAAUUUCUCUCUGAAAAUAAAUCUCUU